UUCGUUAAAAAUGAGAAAAAUAAUUAAAUGGGCAGAUGAUUUGCCUGAAACUGUGGAACCUUCAAAUGAAACUGUGUUGGCUGUCCUCUCGAAGAAACUGACUCGAAAUGAUGCUGAGAGCUUGGCAAAAAUGCUAACUUAUUAUUUCCCAACUCUUUAUGUGGAUAUUCGCCAGCAGAACAAAAGACGAAGAUAUGCAUUAGCUUUUAGCCUGAAAAAUGAUAAAGGUUUAAAUGAUUCCACUGAAAGAUUAGUUAAAAUUAGAAGAUUAUUGGAACAGGCAAAGACUGAUAAAGAGGAACAAAUUCAAUUCAUUUUUGAUAACCAUCCAUUUAUUCUAAACAUUCCGACUGGCACUUUUUUAAUACCAUUCCUUCUUUCCAAAUCAACAAAAAUUAUUUAUUCUUUAAUUCCAUUGCAUCAACCUGAUCAUCUUAGCCAACUUUUCCUUAAUUGGGUAUUUUCUUCACCUUCAGAACUUUUACAUCCUCCCAUUCAACAAAUUUCUGGAUAUUUUGGGUCAGAAAUUAGUUUAUAUUUUGCUUGGUUGGCACAUUACACGAAAUGUUUGAUUGCCCCGGCACUGAUAGGAACUCUCAUUUAUCUACAAACAUCAUCAACGACAACAAAAAAUUUUGAAUUUUUCGCCUUCAUAAUAUUCGCAGUUUUUAAUUGUUUAUGGGCUAUUGGCUUCCUUUACAGUUGGAAAAUACAAAAACAGCACUUAAUUCAAAAUAAGGAGCCUCUAGACCAUCAAAAUAAUUUCAAAUUUCGACAAAAUUUACUAAAAAAUAUUUGCCGUCCUAUAGAGAUUUUUUCUUUAAUUUCCUUAUUAAUAACACUAAUAAUUUUAUUGAGACUACAAGAUUGGUCUAGAGAAAAUUUUGGAAGUUCUAAUUUGAAAAGUUUAGCUCCAGUUGUUUUACAGGCUUUAAUUUGUAUGGGUGCAGAAUAUAUUUAUAGACGUUGUGCUGAAACUGAAUGGAUUAGAGGGAAGAGGAAAAACGAUUUUUUGUUGGUCGCGAGAUUGGCUUUAUUCCAAUCUAUCAGUUCUUUUUGCCCUUUAUUCUAUAUAGCGUUUUGGCUUGGCGAUUGGAAACGAUUACAACAAAGUUUAGCUACUUUACUCGUUACACGCCAAUUUGUUCAAAAUUUUACUGAAAUUGGAAUUCCUCUAAUUUAUGGCGAAUUACGUUUAAUGCAAUAUGCCUUUAUUCGAAAUUUGGAGGCAAAGCGUAAAGUUAGUCAUUGGAGGGCACAUCAAGCAGCUAAUAAUUUUGACGAAGAAAAUCCUAGUGAAGAGGAACGUCAGGCAGCAUUAUCAGAAUAUGGACGGCCUUUGGAUGAUUAUUUGGAAAUGUUUAUUCAAUUAGGUUAUGUACUCCUUUUUUCACCCGCUUUUCCUCUCGCACCGCUCUGUGCCUUCCUCAACAAUUUAUUAGAAGCUAGAGUGGAUGCCUUCAAAUUAUGCGCACUCCAUCGGCGGCCUUGGCCAACAGAUGAUGUUGGGGGUUGGGAUGGAGUGAUAAAAAUUAUGUUAAUUGCAAGUGUUUGGGUUAACUUGGGGCUUAUUUUGUUGAGAUGUUUAACUACCGGAUGA